UUAGAAAUGCAGUCGACGUUGUUACGUAUAACGAAGUACUUAUACCGAAUAUAAUAUUACAGUUGUACCAAUAAUUUAAUUACGACUUUAUAAUAAAACGUAUAUUAAAGUCGGCUGUGCUUUAGGUACCGUUGUAACAAAGUAACGGCACACUUUCAUAUCGGGUACACACAAACAGGAUACACGUCUUAUUUUAAAAGGUGUCGUUAAAACGCGAAACGCUUCCCAAAUAAUUAAAUCUUAUUCCUUAGCGGCGGUGACUCAACGCGGUUUGAGAACGCGCCCGGACGCGGGGUGACGUAAUGGCCACCACGUUCGAUGACGUCACCGUGACGUCACCACGGGUUACCGCUUCACAACAUUGAGACGCCUUUACGAACAAUACCAAUUCAUAGAAAGGGGCUAAUACGAGCGCAGCAGCGCAGCGUUGUUGAUUUAGAGUCGAAAUUUGUCAACAAUCUCCCCUCGGCACAAAACAUCGCGGCGCAGUGGCCGCUGCUCGAGGCCAUGGGCAAGAGUUGCAAGGUGGUGGUGUGCGGAUUGUCCUCGGUGGGAAAGACGGCGAUCUUAGAGCAGCUGUUGUACGGUAACCACAAAGUCGGCUCGGAGACCAACGAGACCCAGGAGGACAUCUACGUGGCGUCGAUGGAGACGGAGCGCGGCGUGCGCGAGCAGGUCCGCCUGUACGACACGCGCGGCCUGCGCGAAGGCGGCGUGGAGCUGCCACGUCACCUUCUCGCGCUGGGCGACGGCUUCGUGCUCGUGUACAGCAUCGACUCGCGCGAGUCCUACCGCCGCGUCGAGAACCUCAAGAAGGAAAUCGACAAGGCCCGCGACAAGAAAGAGGUAACCAUCCUGGUGCUGGGAAACAAGAGUGACCUGGCGGAUUACCGGCAAGUAGAGGCAGAGGCAGCCCAGCUUUGGGCCAAGAACGAGAAGGUGCGGCUGUGGGAGGUUACGGUGACAGACCGACGGACGUUGCUGGAGCCUUUCGUGUACCUGGCCAGCAAGAUGACCCAGCCACAGAGCAAGUCCACCUUCCCUCUGAGCCGCAAGAGCAAGGCAGGGUCCUCUUUCGAGAGCUGAGCUUUGGGGGAAGCAUUCUUACUGUUCCUGAAGCAGCAGUAGCGAUAAGGAAAAUAAAACACACUUGCUGUUCAAGAGUCCCAAAGCCACAAUUCCUGGUUGCCACAGCAUUGGUCUUCCUGGUCUACCAGUGUGGUUGCUGGGUUUUUCAUUACAUUCCUCAAAAGCCUUUUCGCCUCCUAGCAUGCAAACAAAAGUCAAAUGGGACUCUCCGUUUGUGCACUGUAACAUAUACCACUAACCUCGAGAUAUAUUUAUUUUAUUACAGAAACUUUUAGUUGACAAGUUUUUGCAACAUUGUGAGAGCCUUGUAAAACAUCUAUCGGGAACAUCUAAUAGCUGAUCAGGAUUUGAAUAGCAACACAUUUGGCAUAAUUCUCAUGUGGCGCACAGUGGAAUCUUUUUCACGCUGCUUUGUCAAUUUAAGUCGGUGGCUGCUUAUAAAAGCUUUGGUGGUAUUGCUUAAAAUUAAUUUGAGGGUAAACUUAUUGUUGUUUCAUAAGCUUCUUUUUCCAAUUGUGUAGUAAUAAUAAUUUUGAUUUAUAAAGUGCCCUUCGAGAAUGUAUCUCAGAGUUCCACAAAUGUAAAGGGGGGUGGAAUAAAUACGUAAUCGGGGAGAGAAAGCCUAAAGGGACAAGAUGGAAAAUUAUAGAAGGCUUUAAAUAGAUGAGUUUUCAGUCAGGACUUAAGUGUCUCCAUUGACUCCAAGUUCCUAAUCUCCAAGAGCAGGUAAUUCAGCACCUGGGUGCCAUACAAAUAAAAGCCCCAUCACCCCAGGUCCAAAGCCUGGAGCAUAGUGCAUCGAGUAGGACACGAUUGGUAGACCUCAGAGAUGACGGUGAUGUGUGGUUGAAACCUAACUGUUAGAUUGGUGUGGAGCAAGCCCGUUUAAAGCCUUUUACAAAAGUAUGAGAAUCUUAUAAUCAACGCGGGUUUGAACUGGGAGCCAAUGCAAGAGACAUGCGCACAAGUCUGAGACAUGAUCCCGAAUAGGGGUACGAGCGAGCACCUUGGCGAAUGCACGUUGGAUGCAUGUACAUUACGUACAUACAUUUCCUCUAUUGCAAGGACACUGAACGUUAAAACGACCAUCCUUUAGAUAAAACAGACCAUAGGUGUCAGCACUUGCUUGGGGAAUGGACGGUCUAUUGAGUACACAGAUACUUCCUUGCAUUGACGUGUAUGCAUGCCAAUGAGUCAUGGGGGAGGGGGGGGAACAAACAUUGUGAACCGAUCCUAUUUGAUCAUGCUCGGCAAUAUGACACAUCUUCCGUCUUGAGUUGCAUGCAUAGAUCCGUAAUGUAGCUUGCAGUGGCGAACCAUCGCCAGUUGCCAUUCGCAACCCUUGUUGCAAGAGACCGCUCGCUGUCCCUUUACAAAGUGUUAUUUUCGAUUUAUGACCCCUUAGGACUAAAGUCAUGACCACCGCUGCCUGCGCGCAUGGCCCAUAAAUUGACACCCCAAAGAGGUGCCAAUGAGUGCUGCCACAGCACUGCAGGAUGUUACAGAAACUUUGUAAACUAUAACGGACCCUUAAAACGGGCCAGAGGGCUGCAAGCCUAAAACAAAUGACUGCAACAUUCACUGCUUACUCAUUUCGAGCAAGAAUGAUAUCUUGAUGCACCCUUGUCUACACGUAGAUUUUUUUUUCAUUCAUGGAAAACAAGUUCUAAAUGUAGGCAAAUGCUUUUGACUGGGACAAGGAUAAAUCAAUUUACAUAUUUAAAAAAACGAUAACUGAAUUUCCAAGCAUUAUUAUCCAGCACAGCAAACUCUGCUCGACCACAUCUGGUCAAAUGUAAACAGGGAGUCCCAGAGCAAACGAUAAUAUUAAGUAGCAGAUGUUUCCCUUGCAGGAGAGAAAUGUUUAAAUUAGUUUUUAAUCUUUGCAACUCAAGUACUCCCAUUUAUUUAACAUAAUGAAAUUCUCUGUUGAAACUAGUUGGAGGAUGCUCGGAUAAAUGGCAUCCUAGCCCUUGGCUAGUUGCAGAAUCGUGACAGAGUGGACUUGGCUUGCCAUAUCCUUCCAAUCUGUGUUCAAGCGCAGUGGACUUGGCAGAAAAGCCAAGGUCUCGAACCUAAUUUUCAGGAAAGAUCUUGAGCGCACCAUUGGUUUGUAGUGCACGCCGUGACCACGCAGUCGGGGCAGGAAAGCGUGUGCUAAGAUGAUGAUAGAGCAGGACUCCCAUGUUUAUCCCAGCUGCUUCGAUGACGAUUUUAAGAUUAUUUUUGCGCCACAAGCCUCCAUGAAUUCUGAAAUAAUUUGCAUGCAUUUUCCUGUAAAAGGCUAUCUUAACUGAUGCAUAUUGUGAUCGAUAUUGUUUGUGGUGUGUGUGCACUCACAGUUGGUAAAGUUUAUUGUUGAUAAAUUAUACAUGUUUGGUAGCUGAGUAGCCAAGUUGUCUACACUCGUUAUUGAGUUGACAGUCACAUUCCUGCAGCUGCCCAGUAAUUUCUGCAGGCGAAUUACCAAAGUAUGUUGUCUGCUGCGAAGCUUAAAUUAAAGAGCCUGUUACAUCCCAUGAGUAAGCUAUUGUCAAAAACACUUAUCCCCCCCCCCCCCCCCAAAUUCUAAUGAAGUUCUGUUACUCGGGUCUCGGAUUAGGUCAUCUGUGAAGUCACCUCCCCACCGAUUUGAUGUUCUUGUAGCAAUUCGAGGUCACGAUUCAAUACAAGAAUCUGUCUCAUUUUUACCACCUAGUUUGUAAUUUUAUUUCUUUACUGUUUUGUUCGCUUCAUCAGCCUACAUUUUUCAGCGUAGAAUUUUAGCACAUUAAAUAAUUAAUUCUUGCAUGCACGAUUAUAUGCAUGUAUCAUAAAGGCUAAGAAUCGAUUUAAUUGAUGCAUCAUUGCCUAUUUAAUAUGAAAUGGAAUGUACCUUUCGCGAAAUAUGGAUGUGUAUUUAAGCGGAAGGAAAUGGCACCACUACAACAUUCCAUGAGUCACUUAUUAUAUAUUAUAUUCAGACUCAGAAUAUUUAUACUGGAGGAAUCCGAUGAGCUAUGAAGCUCUUUUCACAUGUCCAGUAGGAGCAGGUCAGACCGUUACAACAACAAACAAUACAAAACACGAUAGGAGUGAAAAGUAUUGGACAGGUAAACAAGUCACUUAAAAUAUAUAUACAAAUAAAACUUAACAAUUUGUAUCUUACCAGGCACAGCCUACUGAGAUAUUAGCUAAUUUUUCAGAAGCGAUCUGGCCACAAAUGAUAGCUCAACUAAAUGGCUUAUCAUGUGGAAAUGUAUUGCAGCAAUUUUCAUCUAAUCUAAAUGCAACGCAGAAUAUUUAUGCCUUUUUCAUUUCUGCCGAACACUGGGUUUCAGUUACUAAAAAAAAAAUCUGUCUUGGUAUAAUGUUUGGCCUUGUUGUGGUAACAAAUCUGUAUGCCGGCUCUGAGACUACUACUGUACACAGUUGAUGACUGUUAACCUGCUCGUUAUGUAUUGUUGAGCACGUGUCGGCAACUGUUGUUUGUUUCUGAAAGACCGUGAUGUGUUGUACUUGCGCGGUUCCUUAGCUUGUAUAGAUCGCAUUCUCAACAAUCCUCGUUAUGGUAUUACCUAGCAGUAGAAGUUUUUAAAGAUGUUUUUUAAUAGUGCAUGAAGUUUGUGUGGAUGUUUUAUUUUAAGUAUUUUGUCAAAGUGUCCUGGGUUUCCCUCCUGUAAAUAAAGUGUUGAUGGGUCUUAA